AUGGCCCCUCACCACAUCGUUGGACACAAGAAGAUGACUCGUCUCUACAGCAAGGGCAGGAUCCUGGGUCACCGGCGCAGCAAGCACCUCAGCCACCCCAACGUGUCGCUCAUCAAGAUUGAGGGCGUUGAGAGCUCGAAGGACGCUCAGUUCUACCUCGGCAAGCGCAUUGCCUACAUCUACAAGGCCCCUACUGAGGUGCGCGGCAGCAAGUACCGUGUGAUCUGGGGCCGUGUUACCCGGACACACGGCGGCAACGGUGUGGUGCGCUCGAAGUUCCGCCACAACAUCCCGCCGGAGGCCUUUGGUGCCUCUGUCCGUGUGCUGCUGUACCCCAGCAACAGUACGUAUUCCUGCACUGACAUCUAG